AUGGUGGUGGUGGGCAUUGUUGGCCCCCAGAAGAGUGGCAAAAAGGCAGUUGCCGCGGCCCUGCAGGAGCUGCACGGCCUAACCAUUCUGAACUUAGGCGAAUUCGCAAGUACUGAAGUGGAAAGUGGACCUCAAAAUGGCGAAUUCAGGGGCUUUAAGAAGGGAGUUUGUUCUGAAAUAGUUGAGCAAAACGCCUCCAACUUGGCGCCUGCUGAAGACAGCACUUCGCUUGCUACAGUGGAAACCAGCGAAAGCCCAGCAACAGAUGCACCUGCUGCAGGCGCGGCUGCAGCAGCAGAAAGCCCAACGACUGCAACAACAGCAGCAGCAAUAGCAGCGAUGGACCACUGCAUGAGAAAUUGGCAAAAAGACUUCUUGGUGUUGGGCUUCAAGACACUGGAGCAGGUGAACGUAUUCAGAAAACGCCCUCUCUUUCUGCUGCUCGCCGUCGACGCGCCCAUUCUCACUCGGCUGCAGCGCGCAGCAGCAAGUGACGUUUCUGCUUUUUUGGCUCGGGAAGACAAACUUAUGUUCGGGACAGAUGCGGAAAAAGGCGGAAAAGGAAUUUAUGCCUGCAUGCGCCAGGCAGACGCAAUCAUUUUAGGUGAUGGGGGGCUAAGUUCUCUCGAAGAGAAACUGCGCAGCCUCGAUAUCGUCAACCCCGAGCGCCGCCGCCCCUCUUGGGAUGCGUAUUUCAUUCGCCUGGCGUCGUUGGCUGCGAGCCGUGCGAAUUGCCUGAAGCGAAGAGUCGGCGCUCUUGUUGUCCGCAGCAACCGGUUGGUGUCCACUGGCUACAACGGCACCCACUCAGCUGCAACAAACUGCCUCGACGGAGGCUGCGAAAGAUGCAAAGACCCCACAAUCCGCGCGGGCAAGCAGCUGGAGGCGUGCAGCUGCAUUCACGCUGAGGCCAAUGCCUUGCUGGAAGCAGGCAGAGAACGCUGUCUCGGAGGAACUCUCUACGUGACGUGCCUGCCCUGCUUGGGCUGCGCCAAACUAACGAUUCAAGCUGGCAUUAAGUGCGUUGUCUACGCGGAGGCGUACGACACGAAGAGCGGCUCGCUGGAGUUGCUAAGAAACGCGGGGCUGGAAGUUUACAGGUUCGCGGACCGCCACCCGUCAAUUCCGCAUUCUAUUGCAACAUAUGCAGACUGA